AUGGGUGACAUGAAAACCCCAGAUUUCGAUGAUCUUCUAGCUGCCUUUGACAUCCCAGAUGCCACAGGGUUGGAUGCAAAAGAGCCCAUCCAGGGGAGUCAUGAGGAGUCAGAGAGUCAGCUGAAACACACGGGGAUAUGUCUUGAUGACAGCUUAUUGAGUAACCAAGCUGUCUCAACAUCAGAUGUUCCUGUUGUAAGUGUUAUUGUGAAAAACACAAGUCGCCAGGAGUCAUUGGAUGGUUUUAGCGAUAGGCUUCACUCAGGAUCAGCAUUGCAAAAUGGAUUCAGGGGACAAGAGACUUCCAUUGACUCUGUUGAUACAACUAAUUCUGGCUUCUCCAAAUCAUUUGUCUCGGCCUUGAAUGGGGAGAGUUCAAGAGAGUUUCUCGGAAAGGCACCUAUUCAGCACAAACCUGAUGGAACACCAGUAUUUUCCCAGUCACUUUCUCAUUUUAGUCCCAUCUCAAGUCCUGAAUCUGAAGACACUCAGUGUAGUAGAGAUGAAAUGCAUCCAAAACAAGAGAGACCCUGUUUCCCUGAAGCUUCAGUUUUGGUGGAGCCUUCAGUCCCAUACAAUCCAAAAAAUUUGGACCUCAGCAUGUUUGAUGAUUGUCCAAACAACUCUGAUAUUCCCAAGAACACUCAAAGGAGCAGAACAGAAAGUAGUAGAAGUGAGAAGCCCUCAGACAUCUGUGUCAGUAAUGAAAUUGAUACAACACAGAGAGUACACAGUGCACUUCCGCCGCCAAGCGGUAACCAGAACUUUAUUGAGACGAACUACGAUUCAGGAUCCUCAAUGGAUGUUCCAACCUCUUAUCCACAUGUCAAAUCUCAGACAUCUAAAUUAUCCUCUUGUCUUGAGGCUUUGGUGGCUCUAAAUGCUAGAAAAGAUCCCAGUGAGCAGACUAAUCCCAGAGAGACAUCAGCAGUUCAGAAUGACUGUGUGAAAGCUAGCCCCAAGGUGCCCAUAUCCCCACGGAGCCCCAGAAGUCCACUUGAAGCUGUGAAACGGUUAUUGAAACCCUCUGAUAGCCCUGUAAGCAUUUGCAGUGAUAGUAGUGGCAAAGCAUCUCCUGCAUUGGCAUCAGGUUCACCUCCUGCUAUACCCAGGGUCAGAAUAAAGACCAUCAAAACAACAUCUGGGCAGAUCAAGCGCACAGUCACCAGUGUGCUGCCUGAUUCAGAAACAGAUGAAGUUCAUUCUACUUAUGAAUCCUCUCCAUCGCAGAGUAUGAUUAGUGAAGACUCUUACUGCAAUAUGUCUCCUCAUCAGUCUCAAAGUGCAACUGUUGAUAGCAUUGUUGGAAUACAGAAUAAAGGCACCUCAGCUAGUGCAUCUUCACCAAAAGUAUUAUACAACAAAUCAGAAGCAAACUCCAGGAGGUCAGGCACAACACAGUCUGCAGCAAUAUUUCAUAAUACUAGUGUUCCUGUCAAAAGAUCUGUCGCACAUCAGGGCCAGAAACCAAAGAGAGUGUCAGCCACAACAGGUCAUACAACUAGCACAAACUUCCUUCCCAAAGCAAUGCACUUAGCUAGUUUAAACUUGGUCCCUCACAGUGUUGCUGCGUCAGUAGCUGCACGGUCAACGUCUCAUCAACAAAGCCAACACACACUCUCCUCUACGGUGUACAGCACUGUCCCAUUGGUGCAUCAGGUCAAAACAGCCAACCCUUAUCCUCGCACAUCCAUUCCUAACACAGCAGCGGGAACCUUGAACAGACUGUUGACCAAUGCCAACCCUGUGCCUACAUAUGUGCCCAACCUGAACCCCCCACCAGAGAGCAAUAUCCACCUUCCACCACGUGGGUACUGCUGCCUCGAGUGUGGGGACUCCUUUGGGUUGGAGAGGAGUCUAGCGUAUCAUUACAGCAGGAGGAGUGUUCACAUAGAAGUAGGAUGUACACACUGUGCAAAGACGAUGGUGUUCUUCAACAAGUGUGCCUUGUUGGCACAUGCCCGGGAGCACAAGAACAACGGUAUGGUGAUGCAAUGCACACAGCUCCAUAUGAAACCCAUAGCAGAGGAGCAAAUGUUUGUACCCCUGAGUGCGGAACCUGUGAAAGCGGACCAGUACACCUCACCAUCACCCUCCCGUAAAAGCCAACCUGUUCUACCCUUAUAUCCUGACAGCGUUAUUCGCCACAGACUCAAAUGCCUGGAGUGUAACGAGCAGUACUCUGACUACAAAGCUCUUGCAGGCCAUUACCAGAGGCCAUCAGAAGAUGUAGAAGGACUAAUGUGUAAAUUGUGCUCAAUGUUGCUACCAAACAAGUGCAGCUUCCGAGCUCACCAGCGCACUCAUGCACACAAGUCCCCUUACUGCUGUCCUGAGUGUGGUGCCCUGAGACGCUCCGCAGACAUACAGAAGCAUGUCAAGGAAAACUGUCUGCACUAUGCACGCAAGGCUUGGUACAAAUGUCUUCACUGUGAUAUGGUUUUCAAGACCCUUCAAGGACAAAAGACUCACAUUGAAGAGAAACACUGUGAGGUCUUUUACAAGUGCUCCAUCUGUCCAAUUGCUUUAAAGACCUCUGACAGCUGUGAAGUUCAUUUGAAAAAUAAACACAAUGCUAUCAAAACAUCGCCUCAGUUAAUCUUUAAGUGUUCGUGUGAGAUGAUUUUCAACAAGAAACAGUUACUGUUUCAGCAUUUCCAUGAGAAUGCCAACAAGCGUGUGACCUGUGUAUUCAAGUGUCCAGAAUGCAACUCGGUCUUUCCACAAAAGCAGCUGUUAAUGCAGCACUUCAAGGGUGUGCACAUAGGAAACUUGACGGCAGAGACAGAGAAGAACAGUAGACAAUCUGACAAGACUGACUUGUACCAGGAUGUUCAUCCCGUUCAACAGCAGAAGAGUCACAGUCCUGUGAAACACUCAGAAAGUCCAAGAAAAAAGGCUGAGCAGGACAGCAGACCUCGUGUCAAGCCCACCGGCUGGACGUGCGGGGAGUGUCUCCAGUGGUUCCCUGAAAGAGACUCCUACGUUUCUCAUGUGAAGACCAAACACGGGAAGUCAAUGAAGAAGUAUCCAUGUCGAGAUUGUGAGCAGUCUUUCAACUCUGCAACUAGUGUGAGAAGACAUAUCCGCAUCGACCAUGACGGAAAAAAGAAAAAUUACACUUGCUGGUAUUGCACGGAUAGGAAGACAAUAUGUACAACGACUAUGAUGUUGAAGAACCACAUCAGUCUAAUGCAUGGAAUCAAAAAUCCUGAUCUCGGCCAAAUGCCGAAAACUGUAAUCCAGGAGUCGAAAAAGGCUUUGGGCAAGGGACUUGUAUCAGAAAGACCUGUUGUUGGCACACAGAAGGAGGGGAAGGACCGAGCUGGGAGUCUCGAGGCUCCGUCAGCGAAGCGUCUGAAAACUCAGUACCGCUGUUCAAAGUGUGGUUUCAUCACAGAUGACAGUACACAGUUCCAGCAGCAUAUACCACAGCAUAAAUCUGAUGAAAACACUCCUCAGUGCCUUCACUGUGGCCUGUGUUUCACAUCUGUGCUGUCUCUCAACAGACAUCUUUUUAUUGUACACAAAGUCAAAGACCCUGAAGAAAAAGGGACAAAGGAGGCGGCAGCAGAGGUUAGAGGGAUGGAGCAGGAUAAUCAGCCAGUUAGAUCAGCAGAGACUGAUGAGGUAAAUAAUUUGUCACCAGAGCUAAACGAAACUGAGCCCUCACAGGCAGAAGAGCCUGCACGUCUGCACUGUGACAAGACCACGGACUGUAACUCAAAACUGAGCGCUCACUCUCGGACACAAACAGCCUCUCCUCUGUAGUAAGAGCGGCCUCUCAGUUGCUGUAAUGUCUUGAGUUUUCAUGCGACUGUAACAAGGGAGGCUUGAAGUUAUGCAUGGAGGUGGUACAGUGUUUGGGCCUUUUUCAUUUUGAAAUUUCUCUCAAAUUAUUCAGAGGCCAUGCAGUAUAUUCAAGGAGACAUUUAAUAUCAAACAGUAUUUUCAUAAAUGAGAGGACAAAUUAAUAUUCACAUUUCAAUUAUUUUUAUUUAACUUUGCAUGUUGGUAAUAUAUUCAUCUUGCCUUUCAGACAUAACUGAACUCAUAGUACAGCUAAAGCUUUUUCUUUCUAUUACCUUUUUUAUUCCAUCCACCCUGACAGGAGAUCCAGGAACUUUUGUUAGUUUUUAGGUCUGGUAUUAAUGGAUGUAAUAGUGAUGGGGUGGAUUUUUGCCUUUGUAACCAAUGGUAAAUUUAAAUUGCUUAAAUCUGAAGUAUUUCAUGCUACACACUAUUACCUGAAUGGGAUUCAGGUUUCAGUUUUUAUGUUGACUGUGUUGCAAUUAUUUUUGCAGUACGAAGCUAGAAUUUUAGUCGCCAUUUAUUACAAAACAUAAUAUAGUUCAAUAUUCAUUUAAAAGCAGUACUUCUGCAUUCAUGGUAAUCAGUUAUCGUAAAAACAAGUAUCCUGUAAGAUCAGUUACAGGUGCACAGUUGUAUUACUAAGCAAAGCCUACUGAAAUUAGGCUAUACAUAAGAACAAGAGUUUCUUUUGACACUUUCAGAAUUCUGAAAUUCUUUUACCUUCAUUUGUUGAACGUGUUUGAUUUGUGGGUGCCUAAAUUGUUCCAAAUCUGGCCUUUAAAAAAAAAUAAAUAAAAAAAUUAUUUUUUCUUUUAAUGAGCAUUCAGGAGAAACAUGUGGAGGUAUUGGAUGUGUGGUGCAGCAGUAAUGAAAAUACCUCAAAUUGCCAGAAGUGUAUUUUUCAGGCAAGUGAACGGUCAAUGUUAAGUCAAAUCAGGGUACAUUGUUUUGGAUAAUCCAGAGCAGGUGUGAAAGUGAAGUUUAGCAGCAUAUUGGAGAUAAUGUUUUAGAAAUCAGGACCUGUCAACACAAAUUUGCUCAUAAUAAAAUAUACUAGUUACAGCUGAGGAAUUUCUUAAAUCCAUGAUCCAUUAAAACUCAUAAUGGUGUUUCCUUCUCACUCACAGGUCCUGAUUUGUAAAGCGACACCUCCUGUUUUGUAAUGAGUACAUGACAGUUCCUACCUCCAUGGUAAAUGGCAGUGAUUGUUAAAAGUUGAAAGGCUUUGAAGAGUUACAGGUAAUCUCAGUGCAAUGUAAAAUUAGUUUAUAAAAUGUGUAUUAUCCCACAUUAUUAAAUUUUAUAAAUUAUUUUGGGAAUGAUAGUAAGGCUAUACGGUCAUAUUGACUGAACUGGCAAAUGAACUUUUCUAUGUAAGUGCUAUAUGAGCUCUUUAUUUCUCUGUAAUCCUUAAAUCACCGCUCUGCAGCAGUCAUUCUGCAGAGGCUGAAGAGAAUGACUUGUUCACGACUUGUUCUUUUGUAAUGCUUGUCGAAAGAGAUUUGUACUUUUGAUACUGUGUACAGUGCGGACUUGUAUUGGAAAGUAACCUGUGUACGUACAGUAGCCAAUGAACCCUGGAUUCACAGCAUUUCUUAAGCCAUUACAUCUGUUCAGCAUGCAGUGGCCCAUGUGCCUUGCUGUUAUGUUUACGUAAUGUACUUACAAAUAAAUCGGUGCAUUUAAUUAUA